UGGCGAUGGUGUCUCAGUUGUUAUGUCAUUAAUUUGACGUUUCGAAAAUAUAGUUUUUAGCGUAAAAAUGAGCAAUACGGCUUUAAAAAUAUUCACACUAGGCAGAAAUGGCCGUGGGCUAUUCAAGCCUAAUGUGGCCGUUGUACAGCAGAGAUUUAUCGGUAGCCCAGCUAAGGAUGGUUAUGUCUACGUAAACGAUAGGGAGCCCAGCAUGGAUAUGAACUCGAUUACAGACAGAGCCGCUCAAACCAUGUUCAUGACGGAAUUGGUGCGUGGUUUUGGAGUCACUUUGGCUCACAUUUUCAAGGAACCGGCCACAAUUAACUACCCAUUCGAAAAAGGACCUCUGAGCCCCCGUUUCAGAGGUGAACACGCUCUACGUAGAUACCCUUCAGGCGAGGAGCGCUGUAUCGCUUGUAAGUUGUGCGAGGCUAUUUGUCCAGCGCAAGCCAUCACUAUCGAGGCGGAAGAAAGGGCUGAUGGAAGUCGUAGAACUACCCGCUAUGAUAUCGACAUGACCAAGUGUAUUUACUGUGGUUUUUGUCAGGAAGCCUGCCCCGUGGACGCCAUUGUCGAAGGCCCAAACUUCGAGUUUUCCACCGAAACUCACGAAGAGUUGUUGUAUAACAAGGAGAAAUUGCUGGAGAAUGGGGAUAAGUGGGAGAGCGAAAUUGCGGCAAAUAUCCACGCCGAUCAUUUGUACCGUUGAAAAAUAGUGUAAAGUGUGUAGAUAAUUGUUAAAACUUAAAAAUAAAUUAAUGCUUUAAAACUUGUUUUCUUCUAUAGGGGAUAUUGUAU